AUUUACUAUAAAAGUUUAUUGUAUAACAGUCAUUUCUUAAAAUCGUGAUGGUAUAAGAUGUUUGUAAAACCAUCUUUUACAAUCUGUACAGUUCACUCUUCCAGAACUAAGACUACGUUUUCAGAAGGAAGAAUUUGCAUAUGAUGAUGGCUCUGUCAGCACACCUGGGUUCUCUGGAGGCAGAGAAGCAGAAACUGCGUGCUCAGGUGAGGCGGUUGUGUCAAGAGAACCAGUGGCUGCGAGAUGAGUUGGCUGGAGCUCAGCAGAAGCUGCAGGAGCGUGAGCAGGAAGUGGUGACACUGGAGGAGCAGAACAAACACCUGCAGUUCAUGAGCAGCAUCCGCAAAUACGACCAAGACGAGCUGGCGCUGGAGGAUAAAGACAGUUCCUCAGUUAAGGAGUCCCUUGAUGAUCUCUUCCCCACUGAUGAAGAAGAGCAAACACAAAUAUCCCAGCCACACCGUAGUGCUGUAACUGCAGCCCACCAGGCUGGGUAUGAGAUUCCUGCCAGACUUAGAACUCUACACAACCUGGUGAUUCAGUAUGCGUCUCAGGGCCGCUAUGAGGUAGCUGUGCCUCUUUGCAAACAGGCUCUGGAGGACCUGGAGAAAACCUCUGGGCACAGCCAUCCAGAUGUGGCCACUAUGCUGAACAUCUUGGCUCUUGUGUACAGGGACCAGAACAAAUAUAAAGAAGCUGCCACUCUGUUGAAUGAUGCAUUGACAAUACGUGAGGAGACACUUGGCAUGGACCACCCUGCAGUCGCAGCUACUCUGAAUAAUCUGGCUGUACUGUAUGGCAAAAGAGGGAAAUAUAAAGAAGCAGAGCCUCUGUGCAAGAGAGCACUGGAGAUCAGGGAAAAGGUGCUAGGGAAAGACCACCCUGAUGUAGCGAAGCAGCUCAAUAAUCUGGCUCUGCUAUGCCAGAACCAGGGCAAGUACCAGGAGGUGGAGGACUACUACGAGAGAGCCCUGCAAAUUUACCAGAAUCAGCUAGGCCCAGAUGAUGCCAACGUGGCCAAAACCAAAAAUAACCUAGCCUCAUGCUACCUCAAGCAGGGGAAGUACAGACAAGCUGAAGCUCUGUAUAAAGAAAUCCUGACACGUGCUCAUGAGAAGGAGUUCGGAUCAGUGGAGGGAGAUGGAAGACCAGUUUGGGUACACACCAUGGAGGGAAGCUCUAGGCAGGAAAGCUUGAAGCGCAGUGGUUCCUUUACGAAGCUUCGGGAAUCUUUGAGGCGGAGCAGUGAAAAGCUGGUUAAAAAACUCAAAGGGGCUGGAACACAAGAAACCGUGCCUCGCAAUCCUGGAAUGAAAAGGGCAAAUUCCCUCAAUGUGCUGAAUGUAGGAAUAAGGGAGAGUCAGGACACUGGAAGGAAUCUCAACAGGCUGACAGAUCGCCGUGCGCUCAGCUCCAGCACUCAGAGUUUAGCCCGUCGGAGCUCUUUAAGUGGAGAAGGUUAAGCUUUCCUAGCCAAGGUCCUGCUCCUGUCUCCAAAUGGCUGCAAGAAGCAUGUUUAUAACCAACAAAGUAUUUAUAUCAAAUGAAGAUAAAGUGGACCACACUAAGCAGUUGAAGUACACAACACUGUAUACAACAGUGCUCCUUUUUCAUUUAACAGUUUCCUUCUGACCCUGCAAGCCUGUUGCUCUCUAACCUUUUAACUUAUUACAUGCAGCUCUAUCUAAAAUGUCAAUAACACUUAAUUAUUACAGGUAAGCAUUAGAGUUAUUUCUAUUGAUAUGGCACAUUUUAUGGCCUAAAAUGAAAUGCUAAUGUUAAAACUAGUAUUUAGCACUUAUGUUGUAAAACAAGCAACUUCCUUUUUUCAAUUUUCAAAUGCUAGAUUUAAUAGGGUUUUUACUGUAGAUGUGCUAUAUCUGUGUCUUGACAGUGUGGGUGUAUAAAACCAGAAUUCCGUGUAGGUUAUUUGAAGCUAGUGUUUUUUUUUAAAGUGCUACAAACAUCCUAUCUCUAAAUUGGUUUUACAUUUUGAUGCUAAUCGAAUGCAUUGUACAGACUCAGUAUAUUAAUGCUAUAGAACAAAAUAAAACUUUCAUUCACAAAAACUUCCAAAUGGAUCGAAUGCUGAUAAAAAGCAUAGAUUUUGAACCUGUUCAUUUUUUCCUUGCUCAGGACAAAUUUUGGCUAGUUCUUUUGAACAUUAAAAAUGAAGUAGCUUCUAAGAAGUGACCCCUCAUCAAUACACUGCAAGUUCAAAUCCUGAUGUUGCCACUGCCUUCUACAGCCAAUAGAGCAAACUUAAGCCAGUAUUUAAGAUGUGUCUUGUGUGAAAUCUAGAAAAUGACCAAAAUGGUGUAAUAAUAUUUUUAGAGAGAGAGAGAGAGAGAGAGAGAGAGAGAAUACAGUACAUUUAUUCAGUGGAACAAAAUGAACAAGUACUCAACUGGGUUUGAAGAA